CACACUUCAGUUUCCCUCUCUGCAAGUAAAGUGCGAAACAAACCCAAUCAAACUCGAGUUUUGUGAAAACAGAGCUUUAGAGAGAGAAACAAAUAAUGGAAAGUGAAGAGAAUACGCAGGAACCUCAUCUUGUGCUCGCUAACAAGCUAUUCUUACUCACCCACCCAGACGUACAAGACAUCGAGAAAGUCCGCCUCCGUGAUGAGGUCUUCGCCGCCGUCAAAGCCGACGAUAUGGCUCCGCUCUAUGAAACCCUAGCGGCCAAUUCAGUGCUGGAUAUGGAUCAGUCCGAUUUGGAUUCGAUGCGUGCCAAGAUUGAUGAGGAGCUCAAAAAGCUCGACGAGAAGAUCGCUGAUGCUGAAGAGAACUUGGGUGAAAGUGAAGUUCGAGAAACUCAUUUAGCUAAAUCCUUGUUUUAUAUCCGAAUCGGUGACAAGGAGAAGGCAUUGGAACAGCUCAAGGUAACUGAGAGCAAAACAGUUGCAGUUGGGCAAAAGAUGGAUUUAGUAUUCUACACACUGCAGAUUGGGCUUUUCUACAUGGAUUUUGAUCUCAUUUCUAAAAGCAUUGAUAAAGCGAAAAACUUGUUUGAAGAGGGAGGUGACUGGGAAAGGAAGAACCGUUUGAAGGUGUAUGAAGGCUUGUACUGCAUGUCCACUCGUAACUUCAAAAAAGCUGCCGAUCUUUUCCUGGAUUCAAUCUCAACUUUCACAACAUAUGAACUCUUUCCUUACGACACCUUUAUAUUUUACACCGUCCUUACGAGCAUUAUAUCAUUGGAUAGGGUUUCCCUAAAACAAAAGGUAGUGGAUGCACCCGAAAUCUUGACAGUGAUUGGAAAGAUCCCAUAUUUGUCAGAGUUUUUGAACUCUCUGUAUGAUUGUCAAUACGAACCAUUUUUCUCGGCAUUUGCUGGUUUGGCGGAGCAUAUAAAAUUAGACCGCUAUUUGCACCCACACUUCCGGUAUUACAUGAGGGAGGUUAGAACUGUUGUGUAUUCGCAGUUCUUGGAAUCCUAUAAGAGUGUCACAAUUGAAGCAAUGGCAAAGGCAUUUGGUGUAACGGUUGAUUUCAUCGACUUGGAGCUGUCCCAUUUCAUUGCUGCAGGGAAGCUGCAUUGCAAGAUUGAUAAAGUUGCUGGUGUCUUAGAGACUAAUCGACCUGAUGCAAAGAAUGCUCUUUAUCAGGCAACUAUCAAGCAAGGGGACUUCUUACUAAAUCGGAUUCAAAAGCUUUCACGGGUGAUUGAUCUUUAAAGUAGUUAACUGUUUUUUGUGUUUUGGAGAUACCAAAACUUGAGCCUAGGAACUUCAUGUUGGUUGCUUCAUAUAACGAACAGAAUACUGCUAGAAUUCAUUUUCAUUUUUCUCUGAAUUUAUUAAAAGUUUUCAAGCUUACUGAUUUCA